AUGUACCGAUCCAUCAUAGCCCUUGCUGCUCUGGCAGUGAGCGCAGCUGCAGACUAUACCUCCACCUUCACGCAGCAGUUCUGCAAAACUGCCCUCAUCACCAAGAAAGGAUCAGGCGGGACCACUACCAAGGCAUCUACAGUCCACCUUACUCGCACCAUCAAGAGCACCAUUACACCCACUGUCACGAUAACGUCAGCGAGUCACACGAUCGCACAGCGUUUGACUACUACCAAAUCGACAACCAAAACUUUGCCUCAGACAACCAACACCUUUUCGAGCACGCUCUCCUUCACCGAGACCAGCACACUUCUGACGACGUUCAUUACUACAUCGACCUCCACAUCGAUUGAAACUACUACAAGCAUCCCUGAAACGACCGCAUCUGGCCUGAUACCCAUCUCCUCUGCUCUAGCAGCGAGCGGCCACACUGUGUCGAAGAAGAGAAGACGAUCAAGUGAUCGUCUUCAAAAUGCUGCACCUUUUGCCCUUGCAGAGCGUGCGGCAGGGCAGAAGAUAAUUUGCGGUCCUGAUGGCAAGAUCACUUAUGAUCCUCCACAAUAUUCGGGAUCUGUGACGUGCUUCAAGAAAGUGCAGAUAGUGACAACAAAGGUUCUUACCUCUACUGCGAAGAAGACUAGAACCAUUGUAGCGCCACAAGGCAAAACUACCAAGGUGAGAUCUCAGCUUUUUCACGGGCACGUUGGGCCCGCUCGAGAUGUUGUGCUGAUCUCUGCUUGCCUGAAGACAUUGUACGCUACAAGGACGACAUCACUCACAGAGACUCCCAUAGCCGCCUCGACUACCUUGACCUUUUCUCAUACAGAAUCUAUCACCGUCACCUCUACAGCCUCCUCCACAGUGAUCGUACCUUACACGACCACAUCUACAAUCUUCGCGCCACAACCGACCUCCUACGCAGCCUGCGCACAAGACAACAUCGCCUCCUUCGUGGAUGGUAACAGGAUCUACAGCAUUGCUGUGACGGAUCCAGACAAUGGCUUCUCAUUUGGAAAUAACACCGUCAACGCAUACUCAUGCUGUGCGCAAUGCGUUCAGGCGGGGACGUGUGGAGGCUCGACAUGGCAUCCAGCCACGGGUACAUGUUACUUCUUUCCAGCGGUUGGAGCAACAUGCAGUCCAUCAAGUCGAAGUGGAACAUUCCUCACGCAGAGCGAUACUAGUGUGGGCUUCGAGGUGUCUAACAGUGACUGUGGUGAGGUGGCUCUGGGCUAG